AUGGCUGUACAAAAGGACCACUGGUACAACAGGGCACUCCUCAUCCUUCUCUCCAGUCUCACAGUUUCUGUGCAGCAGACAGAUGGUGUAACCACGGUGAAGCUGGAGGAGGGGAUGGUUCUAGUGUGUGUGUGUCCGUGGGAAGGGAACCUCACCAUGGUCUCCUGGACCAAACUGAUCCGAUUUAAUAAGGUCCCUAUAGCCGUGUACCACCCUGAGUACGAGGUGUUCAUUUCCCAGUCCUACCAGACCAGGAUCCAGUUCCUGAAGACCACACCCAUGGACGGCAGUAUCACCAUCACUAACGUCACCCAGGAGGACACUGGGGUUUACCACUGCUCUGUUCAAACCUUCCCCAGAGGAUCCUGGGCCAGAGAUAUAUCGGUGGAGGAGGAUGAUGCAGAUCAAGAAGAAACGGACAUCCACAUCAGAGAACCAGAACGUAGCCCAGGUGAGAGGUCAGAGUUUAAACAUGAUCAGCUCAAUUAG